AUGUUCAAUUCAGCUCAAAAAAGGACUCCUCCUUAAGUUUAUGUAACUCCUAGAUAUAGAACUACAUAAUCUGAAUAUCAAAGUUCGAAUUCUGAGAGAUUAUUUGAGAAGAGUAAAGAUAAUUCUAUGAAUUAACUGAAAAUUCUUUAGUAAAUUGGUUAUGGUAAAUUUAGUAAAGUCAUGUUAUCAAUGUAAAUUAAUUCAUAAUAAAGUUAGGUUUAAUGGAGAAAAGUUUGCAUUAAAGAUAAUUAAUAAGAGUUGCACAAUGAAGACUUAGACUACUUCGUUGUUAUAAAGAGAAAUGCAAAUAAUGAAAUAGCUCAAUCAUCCAAAUAUUGUUAAAUUAUAUAAAGAGUUUUCAGAUGAUAAAAAUGUUUACUUGCUUUUAGAAUAUUGUAAUUAAGGUUCACUUUUUAAUUAAAAAUUUGAUUAAACGCAAAUAAAAUAAAUAAUAAAGGAAGUGUUGCUUGCUUUGAAAUAUCUCCAUAGUUAAGGGAUAAUGCAUAGAGAUAUCAAACCAGAAAAUAUUUAUUUGCAUAAUAAUCACGUUAAAUUAGGAGAUUUUGGUAUUGCUUAGUAUAUAAAGAAAAAAAGUAAAUCAUUUUGUGGAACCUUAGAUUAUAUGGCUCCUGAAGUUAUUCGUUAAAAUUGUAUAUAUUUAAUUAAAUAUAGAUUAUGAUAAUCGUAUAGAUAUUUGGUCAGUUGGAAUUUUGACAUAUGAAUUAAAUAAUCUUUAACCUCCAAUUAAGGAUAGAGAUUAAUAGAUAUAAAUGAGACGUAUUAUUUCAGAAGAGGUUCAAUAUCCUAGGCAUUUUGAUGAUAAAUUGAAAAAUUUUAUAUAAAAAUGUUUGAAAAAAAGAUGUGAAGAGAGGGCAACAAUUGAUGAAUUAUUGAAUGACGAAUUUCUUCAUUCUUGA